UGAGCAUGAGUUGCUGAUGUUCGUCUGCUGUUGAUCGUCCUCUUCCUCCUCCUCUUCUUCCUCCUCUCGCUUGGCGCCACACACAGGACAUUUUCCCGCGCUUUGGACGCCGCGUUUUAAUGGCAGUCCAAUGCGCUGAUUGGACUUUACGACUCGCUCCUCACCGCGGACUCACGCACGUCUGCCGCAAGCUGCGCGUCCUCCUCCUCAUUCGCUGCACGUCCGCGGUGAACGCCCACUGACCACCACCGCACCUUCCACCUGGAACCCCCCGCCGGCUGCAGACAUGGCGACCAACGGCACCAAAGCGGACGUGGCGGAGGCCAACGAGGCCAACGACAGACCCAAGUCUGCGCACGUGCAGCCCGACAAGAAGAAGAAAGAGUUGCCGGCUCGAGAAACCUGGGGAGGGAAAUUUGACUUCCUGCUGUCGUGUGUGGGUUACGCCAUCGGACUUGGCAACGUGUGGAGGUUCCCGUACCUGUGCGGGAAAAAUGGCGGAGGAGCCUUCCUGAUUCCAUACUUUCUGACUCUUGUCUUUGCUGGGAUGCCCUUGUUCCUUCUGGAAUGUUCACUGGGACAGUACACCUCCAUUGGGGGUCUCGGGGUCUGGAAACUGGCCCCUGUCUUCAAAGGUGUCGGCCUUGCAGCAGCCGUCCUUUCCUUCUGGCUGAACAUUUACUACAUUGUGAUUAUUUCCUGGGCCAUUUACUACCUGUACAACUCCUUCACUGCCGAACUUCCAUGGAGUUCUUGCAACAACCCGUGGAACACCGACAAGUGCUACACCAACUAUUCCAUCACAGACACCACUAACCUCACCAGUGCCGUGUUGGAGUUCUGGGAGCGCAACAUGCAUGAAAUGACCGAUGGCUUGGAAAAACCAGGCCAGAUUCGAGUGCCGCUCGCAAUAACCUUGGCCAUCGCCUGGGUUCUGGUCUACUUCUGCAUCUGGAAAGGUGUGGGCUGGACGGGCAAGGUGGUGUACUUCUCGGCUACUUACCCUUACUUCAUGCUCUUCAUCCUCUUCAUCCGCGGAGUCACCCUCCCUGGUGCCAGAGAAGGAAUUAUCUUCUACAUCACGCCUGACUUUGAAAAACUGAAAGAAUCGGAGGUGUGGCUGGACGCAGCAACGCAGAUCUUUUUUUCCUAUGGACUGGGAUUGGGCUCACUUAUAGCUCUAGGCAGCUACAACCCCUUCAAUAAUAAUGUUUACAGGGACUCCAUCAUCGUGUGCUGCAUCAAUUCCUGCACCAGCAUGUUUGCUGGCCUUGUCAUCUUUUCCAUCGUUGGCUUCAUGGCGCACGUGACCAAGAAAAACAUUGCGGACGUAGCAGCUUCAGGUCCUGGUCUAGCGUUUCUGGCCUACCCAGAAGCCGUGACCCAGUUGCCCGUGUCUCCACUGUGGGCCAUUCUCUUCUUCUCCAUGCUCCUCAUGCUGGGGAUCGACAGCCAGUUCUGCACGGUCGAGGGCUUCAUCACUGCUCUAGUGGAUGAGUUCCCCAGAGUGCUUCGCGGCAGACGAGAGAUCUUCAUCGCCGUGGUCUGCCUGAUCUCUUACGUGAUCGGACUUUCCAACAUCACGCAGGGUGGGAUCUACGUCUUCAAACUGUUCGACUACUACUCUGCAAGUGGAAUGUGUUUGCUCUUCCUGGUCUUCUUCGAAUGCAUCUCCAUAUCAUGGUGCUACGGUGUGAACAAGUUCUACAACAACAUCGAGGAGAUGAUCGGCUACAAGCCUUGUCUGUGGUGGAAGUUGUGCUGGGUGGUGUUCACCCCUCUCAUCGUCGGUGGCGUGUUCUUGUUCAGCGCCAUACAAAUGGUUCCUCUCACCAUGGGAGACUACGUGUUUCCAGGCUGGGGUCAAGGAGUGGGCUGGCUUAUGGCAUUGUCCUCCAUGGUGCUCAUACCUGGAUACAUGAUCUACAUGUACCUCGGACUCAAGGGCACCUUUAAAGAGCGACUGAGGAUAAUGUUCCAGCCACCCGCAGUCGUCAGGCGGCCGCAGGAGAACGGUCCUGAGCAGCUGGUGGAAACCAACGCUGCCAACCUUUCCAGCCCUGCCAAUCCAGCUCCUGCCAACCUCGCCAGUCCAAGCAGUCCGACUGCGGUCAACGUAACCAGCCCAGUAGCGCCGGCAAAACCCAUUUCGACGCCUGCCGAGCCCGCCGCUGCAGCUGCUAGCCCUUUGAACUCGGCAACAAGUCCCACAAUCGUGACCACCAUCACUACCGCCGCUACCACCACUGCCAGCGCCAGCCCAGCCACUGUUACAGCCAUCCCUGCCGUCCCCACCGCAACAACAGUCAGCCCGACCAGUCCUCCGCCAAACCCAGCUAACCCGACGGAGCCAGUUAACCCAGGAACUGUGACCGUUAACCUGACCAAUGCCGAGGCCAACUUGUAGACAACCAAGAACCCCUCAUGGAGCAUGUAGACAAAAGAGAACAUUAAAAGGACUUCCAAGAUUUGAAUUGAUUCACCUACCUCCGAGGGCAAUACGUGAUCCAAACGCAUUUCAUUUUCCUGCCGACGAUGUCUCGUUGUUGCUUUGCAUUCCAAAAAGACUGUUAGUGUCCGUACAUCUGAUCUAAAAAAGCUGUAAAGAUACUGUGUCAUACUGUGAGAAAAAGAAAAAACUACUUAGACUAGAGAUCUGUUGAAUAUCUUCAUGAAUCCAGUGUUUGAAUAUAGUAGAAGAAGAAAAGUGGGCGGUCUGAUGGUGGAUGUUUACUAGACCUCACACUUGUCUCCCUCCCACAACGCUGCUCUCUGGGAGACCACCAUGGAGGUCAGGGCGCAGACCUGGAGCUCCUGAGAAGCACAAAGCCAAGAAGAAGUCCAUGUUUAAUCGGACGGAGGUCUUCGGUCCUGUCUGCUGGAACGGAGACUCUUUUUUUUCUUCCUUCCUUUUGCAGUAAAAAGAAAACUUUGUGUGAUGGAAAAAUUUGUAGAAUUCUUUUUAGGACGUUUUAUACUCUCUUCUUGAUAUGAUGGGACCAAAAUCACUAGGUAGACAAAGCAAAAAAAAAACUUGGUUGGCAGAAGCACAGCAGAGUAGCACGAAGUAGUAACAAAGUACAGGGUUAGAUCCAGUCCGACAUCCACUCAGUCCUGUUUACGUCCCGCAUGCUCUCCUCAGGAACAUCGGCGAAAAAAGUCUGAAACUCCGGACAAAAAAUGAAAAAUGAAACGGCCUUAAGCCAAAAGAGAAAUUUCAAGCUUUGUACAUGACUGGCAACAAAAAACACCAACAACUGGCAACAAAAACACCAACAACUGGCUACAAAAACACCAACAACUUUGUCUUUUCGUACGUGAAUGGAUCAAUCCUCGCUUGAUCAACACGUAUUGAUGAAUAUGUAUCGAUCAAUCGUAGCUUGAUUAACACGUAUUGAUGAAUAUAUGCUGAUCAAUCUUAGCUUGAUCGAUACGUAUACGAAUAGGUAUCGAUCAGUCCUACCUUGAUAAACACGUAUUGAUGAACACGUAUCUAUCAAUCCUAGCUUGAUUAACACGUAUUGAUAAAUACAGUAUGUGCUGAUCUAGCUUGAUCGAUACGCAUUGAUGAAUGUGUAUUGAUCAAUCCUAGCUUCAUAAACACAUAUUGAUGAAUACAUAUUGAUCAGUUCUAGCUUGAUGAACACCUAUUGAUGAAUACGUAUCAAUCAAUCCCAGCUUGAUCAACACGUAUUGAUGAACACACGUUGAUAAAUAUGUAUUGAUCAAUCCUCGCUUGAUCGAAACGUAUUGAUGAAUAUGUAUCGAUCAAUCCUAGCUUCAUCAACACGUAUUGAUGAACACAUAUUGAGGAAUACGAGUUGAUCAGCGAGGAUUAAUCAACGCGUAUCGAUGAAUAUGUAUUGAUCAACCCUAGAUUGAUGGAUACGUAUUGAUCAACCCUAGAUUGAUGGAUACGUAUUGAUCAACCCUAGAUUGAUCGAUACGUAUUGAUGAAUACGUAUUGAUCAACCCUAGAUUGAUGGAUACGUAUUGAUGAAUAUGUAUCGAUCAAUCCUAGCUUCAUCAACAUGUAUUGAUGAACACAUAUUGAGGAAUACGAGUUGAUCAGCGAGGAUUAAUCAACACGUAUCGAUGAAUAUGUAUUGAUCAACCCUCGCUUGAUGAACACGUAUUGAUCAACCCUAGAUUGAUGAAUACGUAUUGAUCAACCCUAGAUUGAUGGAUACGUAUCCAUCAACCCUAGAUUGAUCGAUACGGAUUGAUGAACACAUGUUGAUCAAGCUACGUCUGAUCACCACGGAUUGAUUAUGUAUGUAGACGUAGACGUGCGGGCCAAUCAGCAAGCUGCCUGUUUGUGUUUGUGUUGUGGUUGCGUUGCCCGUGCUUUGAUUGGCCAGACGUUAGCAAGGUUGUCAGCACGACGCCAGGCAGCUAGCGGCGGAGAAGCGGCGGGUCCGAGCGCGAGGCGAGCGAGCAGAGAUGUUUAUGUCCUGUGAAUUUGUAUUCUUUGUAGAAAGUGACUCAAGCACAGUUUUCUCUGGAACUUUGUCGUAAACGUGUGAAACAUGUACGUGUAAAUGUGUGUAACAUGGAAGUUCAUGUCUCAAUGUUGCUGCAAUAAUCCUUUGGUCACACAAGCACACGUCUUGUAGAAGAUGAAGGUGUCCGUUUUGUACAUGUCCGACAUGAUGUAGACAUGCUGUGUAUUAAUGGUGUCCAUGAUAAAGCACGAUUGUUAUGUUCUACUCAAGACUGAAGAAAUAAACCACUUCGAGAAAAUAUGACAACAAAGUCUUUCAAGUAGCAUUCCGACGGUUCGGUAAAACAAACUUAUUGAUCAUGGAUUUCUACUCCAUAGGUGAUCAUGUUCGAUCACGUUCAUGCACAAUAAGGUGUUCCAUUAAAAAUGAACAACUACGUGUACUCUUGACUUGUGUACUUUUCUUGGACUACUACAAGUGUGACGCAACCGAAUAAGGAAAGGAAAGAAGAUAAACGUAGG